GCCGGAAGCUGCGCGGCUUCUGUCAAGUUAUAAUCCACUUGUUAUUUUUCCUCGUCACUGCGAGGUCCUCAGUCUCUCUCUUGUAAGCCAUAAGCCGCCAGUCUUUUUCUUAGCUUAAUCAUAGUUGUCAACAUGUUCCCUAGGGUGAUUUUGAAGGAAACUAUGAUAAAAAAAUCUCAACAAAAGAAGAGAACAUCACCGUGCAAUUACAAGGAGAGGUUUUUUGUAUUGGACACCCAAGACCUGAAGUACUCUGAACGCCGCCUGGGAAGAAAGCCCAUGCUGAAAGGUUGCAUCGAGCUGUCCAGAAUCAAAUGUGUGGAGAUUGUGUGCAGCGAACUUCCCAUACCAUGCAACUAUAAGUACCCUUUUCAGGUUUUUCACAACCACUACUACCUCUACAUUUUCGCCCCAGACAACGAUUGCCGUCAGAGAUGGGUCAGAGCUCUGAAAGAGGAGACAAAGCGUAAUAAUUUGGUGGCUAAAUACCACCCAGACUUCUGGAUGGAUGGGAAAUGGAGAUGUUGCCAACAAGCAGAGAAACUGGCGGCAGGUUGUCAUGUGUAUGACCCAGUGGGUUAUGCUUCUAAAAAGCCACUUCCUGAACCCCCUGGUCCAGAGGAGGGACUGCAUGAUGCAGAAGAGAGUACGGUGGUCGCCCUGCAGGACUACACGGCGAUCAGAGGCGAUGACUUGCCCCUUCAGAAAGACCACGAGUACACCCUGAUCAACAGCUGCCACUGUGACUGGUGGGCCGUACGGAAUGAGAAGGGAAACACAGGCUUUGUCCCCAGUACGUACGUAGCGGAGAAAUCCGGCAACAACUUCCAGAGAUUUAAAUGGUACAACAACAACAUAAUCAGAGGGGAGGCCGAGGAUUUGUUAAUGAAACAGGGAAAAGAAGGCGCUUUCAUGAUGCGUGACUCGAGACAGGCAGGAGUCUACACAGUGUCAGUCUUCACCAAAGCACCGGGGUCUAAUGGGGAGAAGAAUCCCAGAGUGAAACAUUACCAAAUUAGACAGGCAGAAACCGGAGAGGCCAGGUUCUACCUGGCAGAGAGGUACCUGUUCAGCACCAUUCCUGAGCUUAUCUAUUACCAUCAACACAAUGCUGCCGGCCUGAUAACUCGUUUGCGACACCCAGUACCUCAAGAUGGAAGCAGCUCUCAGGACGUCGCUGAUCCCUCAAAAGAUCAGUGGGAAGUGGACCCCGAGGAGCUGAUCUUGGGUCAGGAGUUGGGCAGCGGCCAGUUUGGGCUCGUGCUGGAAGGGAGGUGGAGGGACAAGAAGGUGGCAGUGAAGACGAUAAGAGAGGAGUGCAUGUCAGACGAGGAAUUUAAAGAAGAGGCAAGGGUCAUGAUGAGACUGUCCCAUUGUAAGCUGGUUCAGCUCUACGCCGUGCGCACCCAGUGUUCCCCCAUGUGUCUGGUGUUUGAGUUCAUGGACAACGGCUGUCUGUCAGACUACCUGCGAGCCAGAAAAGGCCGUCUGUCUCAGGAAGCGAUGUUGGGGAUGUGUCUGGAUGUCAGUGAGGGGAUGGCUUACCUGGAGUCCUCCAACUUCAUCCACAGAGAUCUGGCGGCGAGGAACUGUCUAGUCUCAAAGAAGAAUGAGGUGAAGAUAUCUGACUUCGGCAUGACCAGAUUUGUGCUUGAUGAUCAGUACACAAGCUCCCAGUGCUCCAAGUUCCCCAUCAGGUGGUCGGCCCCAGAGGUCAUCAAGUACUGCAAGUUUAGCAGCAAGUCCGACGUCUGGUCAUUCGGUGUGCUCAUGUGGGAGGUGUACAACGAGGGCCGCAUUCCUUACGAGAACCGCUCUAAUGUCGAUGUUGUGGAGUCCUUGAGCAAAGGCCUGCGGCUCCUGAAGCCGCGCUUGGCCCCAGACGCCAUCCACAAGCUCAUGACGUGGUGCUGGAAGGAGAAACCAGAAGAUCGUCCAUCCUUUGUUGUCCUCCUGCAUGAGCGGGCCUUCCUCUCAGACCUGUGAAGAUACGAUUUGAGGUUGAAAACUAUGAAAACAGCUUAUUUAUUUUAUUUAUUGAUAUAUUACCAAUUGCUUGUCAAAUGUCAGUGACGCCGUUUUGAUUGAGAUGAUUACCAAACACAAUUCCUUGGUUUAGCACUUUAUCGACUUCAUAUUCCUGAGAAGGCUCACACAGUCCAUUCACACAGCUACUGCUGCUUACUGCUCGUUCGUCUGAAGGUUUCGAAUAUUCUACAAGGGUUCUUCACAUUAAACAGGUGUGGGUUAAACCAUUGGUAAUUAAAUGGAUCAAUCCUCA